AUGGCAAAACUGACUGAUGAUGCCGACUGCGAUGCCGGCGAAACGUUUGAAAAUAUGCUGGGAAUCAUGACAACUACUAUGGCAGACGACUUCGGACUAGGUGCGUUCGACAUGGUCUCCCUGAAAACAAGACCAAGUUGUGACAACGAGGUCAACCCACUUCAUGAUCGGCAAAAUGUUGGCUUUUCGACCAAUCUAGCUGGCAUCCUGUAA